AUGAGCGCUGAUCCACAAUCCUGUAAAGGUGGCGCUGUGAACGAGGAUUUCCUGAAACACUUUCCUGCAGCUUGCCGUAACGUGCAGGGCGACUUGAUUUUUAACCAAAAGUCAUUUGAUGCAGCGAAGAAGUUGGGUCGUUGCAUGAAUUCUGUACAAUCGGUUGAAGGUCGUCUGGUGUUUGAAGAAAUCCGCCAUACCGCUAAUUCACCUUGUCUAGAAGAUUUGAGAAAAAUUAACAAUAAUGGAGAUGGUCCUGCGAUAGAAUUAAACCACAACGAUGGACUAUUAUCCCUUAACCUCUACAGUAUUGAAACUAUCAAGAACAAAGACAGAAUUUGUCUGCAAGUGGUAUUUCAAAAAUUAUUUGCGUUCUGUGUCCGAAGUGAACAUCCUGUCUUACAUGGAAAGAAAUUCUUCUGUAACUCCAAUUUUAGCAUCAAUGACUCCGAGAGUUCACAAGAAAUGAAAGGAGUUUUUAAAAUCCAUCACGACAAUUUCUUGGAGAAUGCAUCGUAUUGGGAGUUGAGCAGGUUAGUGCAAGCUGCGGGUGGAAACGAUAAAGACUGCUUGGAUUUGUUCGAAGUGAGACAGGCUAAUUUCGUCGGAGGGAAAGGCAAAGUUAGCGCUUACUUAUGGUUCUUCAUCAUCUACGGAGGGGUUUCCGUGUUCGUUUAUGGAGUGAUUAUAGUGGUGCACAUUUUUCUACGGCCCCAUCUUCCAAAACAAAUGCGAACGCCCAUGUCUCUAAAAUCUGGGAAAAGCCUCAAAUCUUUUCGUGUAGCGAUGCCUUCGACUCCAUCAAUCCCUCUGCCGUCAAAUUUUCGGAGUUAUAACUGA